AUGGCGGCUCUCCCUAUUAAGUUUCACGAGCAUCUUCAGCUUCCGAAUGCUGGAAUUCGGGUUCCCAACAUUACUUUCUCCAAUGUCACAAUGGAAUCGGACAAGAACAUCGUUGUUCGAGAAAUGAUUGGUGAUCAGCAACAAGUUGUGAUUAUCGAUAUGGCAGAUACAGCAAAUCCUACCCGGCGUCCAAUAUCAGCUGAUUCUGUCAUUAUGCAUCCAACAGCCAAAAUUCUUGCACUGAAAUCUGGCAAGACGCUACAAAUUUUCAACAUUGAAUUGAAAGCAAAAGUUAAAGCGCACCAAAAUGUUGAAGAAGUAGUCUAUUGGAAAUGGAUAAGUGAAAAGAUGAUCGCUCUUGUGUCUGAUACGGCGGUCUACCAUUGGUCGAUCGAAGGAGACGCAGCUCCAGUUAAGAUGUUCGAUAGACAUCAAUCUUUGGCAGGCACUCAGAUCAUAAAUUAUCGUGCUGAUGCCGAGAAUAAGUGGCUUGUCCUCAUCGGAAUCUCCGCAAAAGACUCUCGUGUAGUGGGAAGCAUGCAAUUGUAUAGUACAGAAAGAAAGGUGUCACAGCCGAUCGAAGGACAUGCUGCUAGUUUUGUUCGAUUCAAGGUUGAUGGGAACCCGCAUCCAUCUAAUUUAUUCUGCUUCUCUGUGAAGACUGAUAACGGAGGAAAGCUCCAUAUCAUUGAGGUCGGUACUCCAGCCACCGGAAACACUCCUUUCCAGAAGAAGAAUGUUGAUGUUCCUUACACCGCUGACACUGCUAGCGAUUUCCCAGUAUCAAUGCAGGUGUCUACGAAGCAAGGGGUCAUCUAUUUGGUGACUAAACAAGGAUAUGUUCAUCUGUAUGAUGUUGAAUCCGGAACUCGAAUUUAUUCGAACCGUAUUUCCACCGAUACAGUCUUCGUUACUUGUGAGUACACCGCUACAGGAGGAAUUAUGGGAAUCAACAGAAAAGGACAGGUUUUAUCCGUUUCGAUCGAUGAGGCUAACCUUGUUCCAUUUGUCACGAACCAACUGCAGAAUCCUGAUUUGGCCUUGAAGCUAGCCGUUCGUUGUGAUCUGCCAGGCGCCGAGGAGUUGUUCGUUCGUAAAUUCAAUUUGCUCUUCAGCAAUGGACAAUUUGGAGAGGCAGCUAAGGUUGCUGCUUCCGCUCCUCAAGGCAUUCUCAGAACUCCAGCUACCAUCCAAAAGUUCCAACAGUGCCCAUCCACCGGAGCAGGACCGUCUCCACUGCUACAAUAUUUCGGAAUUCUGUUGGACCAAGGAAAGUUGAACAAAUAUGAAACUUUGGAGUUGUGUCGCCCAGUUUUGGCUCAAGGAAGAAAGGAGUUAGUGAACAAGUGGUUGAAUGACCAAAAGCUAGAGUGUUGCGAAGAGUUGGGAGAUCUGAUCAAGCCACACGAUGUCAAUACUGCUCUGUCUGUCUACUUGCGUGGAAACGUUCCUCACAAAGUUGUUCAAUCUUUCGCCGAAACGGGACAGUUUGACAAAAUCGUCAUGUAUGCGAAGCGUGUCGGAUUCCAGCCAGACUACCUGUUCCAACUUCGUCAGAUUCUUCGUAAUUCGAACCCGGAUAAUGGAGCAAAGUUCGCCCAAUUGCUUGUUUCUGAAAGCGAGAAUGGGGAACCUCUUGCUGAUCUCUCCCAGAUUAUCGAUUGCUUCAUGGAGGUUCAAGCCGUUCAACCAUGUACUUCCUUCUUGCUCGAAGUUUUGAAGGGCGACAAGCCAGAAGAAGGUCAUCUUCAGACAAGACUUCUUGAGAUGAAUCUGCUCGCUGCCCCUGCUGUUGCUGAUGCCAUUCUUGCUAACAAGAUGUUCUCCCACUACGAUCGUGCCGCUAUCGGUCAGCUCUGCGAAAAAGCUGGUCUUCUGCAGAGAGCUCUCGAGCAUUUCACCGAUUUGUAUGAUAUCAAAAGAACCGUUGUCCAUACUCAUUUGCUCAAGCCUGAUUGGCUUGUCGGGUACUUCGGGAGUCUGUCUGUUGAAGAUUCAUUGGAAUGCCUGAAAGCAAUGCUCACUCAGAACAUCCGUCAGAAUCUUCAAGUUGUCGUUCAAAUCGCUUCCAAAUACCAUGAGCAGCUUGGAGCGGAUAAGCUGAUUGAAAUGUUUGAGACCCACAAAUCAUACGAAGGACUUUUCUACUUCCUUGGUUCCAUUGUGAACUUCAGUCAAGACCCAGAAGUUCAUUUCAAGUACAUUCAAGCUGCCACUCGUACUGGACAAAUCAAAGAAGUUGAACGUAUUUGUCGAGAAUCCCAAUGCUACGAUGCCGAGCGUGUCAAGAACUUCUUGAAAGAAGCCAAGCUUAACGAUCAGCUUCCAUUGAUCAUUGUCUGCGAUCGUCACAAUAUGGUUCACGAUUUGGUUCUCUACUUGUACAGAAACCAACUCCAGAAGUACAUCGAAGUUUUCGUUCAAAAGGUCAAUGCUGCCCGCUUACCAAUUGUGGUUGGAGCUCUUCUCGACGUUGAUUGUAGCGAGGACGCAAUAAAACAACUGAUCAUCAACACUCGUGGAAAGUUUGAUAUUGAUGAGCUUGUUGAAGAAGUGGAGAAACGUAACCGGCUCAAACUUUUGAACCAUUGGCUUGAAUCGAGAAUUCAAGAAGGUGCUACUGAUGCUGCUACUCACAAUGCCAUGGCCAAAAUUUACAUAGACUCCAAUAAUAACCCAGAACGUUUCUUGAAGGAGAACCCAUAUUAUGAUAGCAAAGUUGUUGGAAAAUACUGUGAAAAGCGUGAUCCUCAUUAUGCUUUCCUCUCUUACGAACGAGGCCAAUGUGAUGCCGAGCUCAUUAAUGUCUGCAACGAGAAUUCAUUGUUCAAAAAUUUGGCAAGAUAUUUGGUGAAGAGAAGAGAUUUCACUCUUUGGGAACAAGUUCUCAAUGAGGAGAAUGUGUAUAGAAGACAGCUUAUUGACCAAGUUGUUCAAACAGCUCUGUCUGAAACCCAAGAUCCGGAGGAUAUUUCGGUGACUGUCAAGGCUUUCAUGGCUGCCGACUUACCAAAUGAGCUCAUCGAGCUUUUGGAGAAAAUUGUUCUCGAUAACUCCGCAUUCUCUGAGCACCGCAAUCUUCAGAACCUUCUCAUUUUGACUGCAAUGAGAGCUGAUAGAACUCGUGUCAUGGAAUACAUUCAAAAGCUCGACAACUAUGAUGCACCAGACAUUGCGAAUAUUGCCAUCACUUCUGAACUUUACGAAGAAGCUUUUGCAAUCUUUAAAAAGUUCGAUGUCAACUCCAGUGCCAUCAAUGUUCUCAUUGAGAAUGUGAACAAUUUGGAUCGCGCCUACGAAUUCGCCGAGAAAUGCAAUCAAUCUGAUGUUUGGGCAUCUCUGGCAAAAGCUCAACUCAAGCAAGACCUCGUGAAGGAAGCUGUCGACUCAUUCAUCAAGGCUGACGAUCCAGGAGCUUAUAUGGAGGUGGUCAACAAGUGCUCUCAAACGGAGCACUGGGAAGAUCUCGUUCGCUAUCUCCAAAUGGCCCGGAAGAAGAGUCGUGAGUCGUACAUCGAGACUGAGCUCGUUUAUGCUCUUGCCAAGACUGGUCGUCUCACCGAACUGGAAGAGUUCAUCGCUGGACCAAACCAUGCACAAAUCGGACAAAUUGGUGAUCGUUGUUUCGAUAAUGGAAUGUUCGAUGCUGCUAAGAUUCUUUUCAAUAACGUCUCGAACUUCGCCAAGCUUUCCGUCACUCUCGUACGUUUGGGAGAGUAUCAAGGAGCUGUCGACGCUGCUCGUAAAGCCAACAGCACGAAGACAUGGAAACAAGUUUGUUUCUCGUGUGUAGAAAAUGGAGAGUUCCGUCUCGCUCAAAUGUGUGGUCUUCACAUCGUUGUUCAUGCCGAUGAGCUUGAAGAGCUUAUCAACUUCUACCAAGAUCGUGGUCAUUUCGAGGAACUCAUCGCUCUUCUCGAAGCUGCUCUGGGUCUGGAACGUGCACACAUGGGAAUGUUCACCGAACUUGCUAUUCUUUACUCAAAGUACAAGCCAGAAAAAAUGCGAGAGCAUUUGGAGUUGUUCUGGAGUCGUGUCAAUAUUCCAAAAGUUCUCCGUGCUGCCGAGCAAGCUCACCUCUGGUCCGAAUUGGUGUUUUUGUAUGAUAAGUAUGAAGAAUAUGACAAUGCUGCUCUAACAAUGAUGCAACACCCAACGGAAUCAUGGAGGGAGCAACAUUUCAAAGAAGUUAUCGCCAAGGUGGCCAAUGUAGAGUUGUACUACAAAGCUAUGCAAUUCUACUUGGAUUUCAAACCUCUUCUCCUCAACGAUCUCCUUGCUGUUCUCUCUCCAAGAUUAGACCAUUCUCGCACAGUUCUCUUCUUCAACAAACUGAAGCAGAUUCCUUUGGUAAAGCCAUAUUUGAGACAAGUGCAAAAUUUGAACAACAAGGCUAUCAACGAGGCAUUGAACCAAUUGCUUAUCGACGAAGAAGACCACGCUGGACUUCGUUCUUCUAUUGAAGCCCAGGACAACUUUGAUAACAUCUCGUUGGCUCAACAACUCGAGAAGCAUCCACUUGUAGAAUUCAGAAGAAUCUCUGCCUAUUUGUUCAAGGGAAAUAACAGAUGGAAGCAGAGUAUCGAGCUAUGCAAGAAGGAUAAAUUGUACAAAGACGCUAUGGAAUAUGCUGCCGAGUCUAGAAACGGAGAACUCGCCGAAGAACUUCUUUCUUUCUUCCUUGACGAGAAACUUUAUGACUGUUUCGCUGCUUCACUUUACCAUUGCUACGAUCUUCUUCACCCUGAUGUCAUUAUGGAGCUUGCCUGGAAACAUAAGAUCAUGGAUUACGCCAUGCCAUAUAUGAUCCAAGUGAUGAGAGAUUAUCAAACAAGGCUAGAGAAAUUGGAACGUUCUGAACAUGAGCGAAAAGAGGAAAAAGCCGAACAACAGCAAAACAAUGGAAUGACGAUGGAGCCUCAACUGAUGCUUACCUACGGCGCCCCUGCUCCUCCAAUGGGGUACCCUGGAGCGCCUGCUGGAUAUGGAGGUCAACCUGGUUACCCACAACCUGGUCAACCAGGAUUCAAUGCCCCUGGUUUUAUGUAA